UCGAGACGAACGGCGCGCCCCGCGACACCGUGCACGCCAGAGCUGCGGUCCGCCUGCUCUUUCUCUCGCAGAGAAACGCAGGAUUUUUCGACUUUUUUCGGCAGUAUAUUUCGGCCAUCAGUGAGUGACUGGAUUUUUUCGUUUCUGGAUUAUAGACUCUAUAUUUUCUACAAAAAAAUUUAAAUUUGUUGUGAGACUCAAAAAAAAACUUUAGUUUUUAUCAGUUGGUGUGGGAACGUAACCUUGCUUCAUUCUAGUUAGUAAGGCUGAGUUUUAUGCUGAUGCUGCGUUUAGAAGUCUGCAACCGACGUUUUUUGUUAGAUUCUCUGAAUCGGACAGAUCCCAGACAUUGUCUUUCCUGUCGUCAGCAACGCUCUAGUCGGGGCGCGCCUGGCGAUGGGGAGUGAGCACUACUGCCUGCGCUGGAACAACCACCAGGCCAACCUGCUGGGCGUCUGCGCGCAGCUGCUGCGCGACGAGCGCCUCGUCGACGUGACGCUGGCGUGCGCGGACGAGGGCCGCUGCAUCAGAGCGCACAAGGUUGUGUUGUCGGCUUGUUCUGCGUACUUCAGGGCGCUGUUCGUGGACCACCCCGCCCGCCAUCCCAUCGUCAUCCUCAAGGACGUGCGCUUUAGCGACCUGCGCACCCUCGUCGAGUUCAUGUACAAGGGCGAGGUGCGUGUGGAGUACGCGCAGCUCAGCAGGCUGCUCCAGACGGCGGAGAGUCUCAAAGUUAAAGGUUUAGCCGAAAUGACGCGCGAAUACAAACCGGAACCUCCCGAACAGACCGAACCCGAAGAACUGGUGAAUCGCAGGCCGCCUUCGGCCGGUGGUGGUUCCCUGCCGCCCUCGGCCGCCUCCCCUACCCCUCGCAACUCACCGCUGGCGCCCACUCUGAUCCCUCAGCCGCCCCCGACACGGCAGUCGCCCGAGCCUGCCUCCGCUCCCAGGCCGCCUUCGCAGAACGGGUCGCCCGACCCGCCUCCGCCGCCUCUGGUGCCGUCUUUGAAUAGUUUCGGACCGCCGCCAGCGUCGGGAGCGGGCGUCGGUCGCCCUUCGCCGCCUCCGAUCAAUUGCGCCGAGCCGGUGCCUGGUCCUUCGAAUAUGCCGCCUGUCCAACAAGUGCCCUUGAGUCUGAAAAAAGAAGUUGAUUGGGGAGGAGGAAUGGACGACAAAAAUUCAGGAGGUGAAAGUUCCUCGGAUUAUUCCCGACUGCCUCACGAUUCGCCGGUUUUAGACGUCGAACAGCAAAGCGGCGGUUCAUCCCUAGACAGACCCCCUUCUUCGGCUUCAUCCUCGCGCGCCUCCACUCCCGGCGCCCCCUUGCUACCCUUUCCCCUGGCGGGGUUUUUGGAGGCAGGCCUCGUACCACCUUUGGACGGCCUGGGAGCGGCAGCUUUUAGGUGUGGUGCUUGCUUGGCCGGAUUUCCAUCGCCGUGGUUGCUGGAACAGCACGCUGCGUUGCAACACCUGCCUGGUGCCGUAGGCCCGGACAAGCCUUUCGUUUGCGACCAAUGCGGCCAGUCGUACCGGUACAGAUCCGCCUACGUCAAACACCGAGAACAGAACCACAGGGCGAGACUUCCAGCCGAUAAGCUGUUCUCCUGCGACGUGUGCGGCAUGCAGUUCCGCUAUUUGAAGUCCUUCAAGAAACACCGGCUGAACCACGCUCUGGAACGGCUCCACGGAACCAGGAGGCCAUCUGGAGGGGAUUCGAGUACUUCAGUAGCGGUGAUCGUUCAGGGGGAGCAAGGCAGUGACCAGGUGUCGAGUAGUAACGAGGCAUUGAUGCCGCAGGAGGAGGAAGGAGACAUGGAGGUUAAGGUCAAGGUCGAGCCGGAAACUGAUGAUGCAGGCGGUUGUGAGGGAGGAUCUACAAUGGACACAGAUAAGCAAGAAGCCGAGCAAGACGAUACGAUCGAUUCGAGGGUGAGUGCCAGUCUUUCCACGAGUACAAGCGAACUUUUGAGGGCGGACGGUACAGACGCGGCGGCAUUGGCAACACUGUUACGGGCCGAGGCCAAUGACAGUUCUGACAGACAGAGGGAGCGAAGAUUCGCCUGCCCGUUCUGUGGGAAGUGUGUUCGUUCAAAGGAGAACCUGAAACUGCACGUGCGCAAGCACACCGGGGAACGACCGUUCGUCUGCCUGUUCUGCGGCCGCGCGUUCGGCGGUAAGAGCGAUCUCACCCGGCAUCUGCGCAUCCACACCGGCGAGCGGCCGUACCAUUGCGACAUGUGCGGCAAGUGCUUCGCCCGCGCAGACUACCUGUCCAAGCACCUCACCACGCACAUAAAUACUCCCCGUUAAGGGUGGGGGUAUCCUGAAUUCUAUCCGUUCUUCUCCUUGAUCCUGGGAAGAGACCUCGAUCGAGGCUAAUAUACGUAGUAUGAAACACGGUUCAGACGCAAGAACUGUUCGCUUAAGGUUGAUUCUCACUAUACCUUCCAUAUCAGCUCCCUUCCGU